AUGACUUCUACAGUACCAAAUUUCUUCCAACGUGCAGGUAAUCAUGCAUUGAACGCUAAUCCUCCAACUGGUUUAGAUAUGCAUCUAACUAAGAGAGGUUCAGAUUGGUUAUGGGCUGUAUUCUCUGUGUUCGGUGUUUUACUAGUAAUUUAUACAAUUUUAUUCUUUGUCGCCGAGUUAAAGAACGCCAAGAGAAUGACAAGAUACGCCUUAGCUGCGCCAUUUAUUAUUACUUUAUUCGAAUUUUUCGGUUAUUUCAUUUACGCUUCAAAUUUAGGUUGGACUGGUAUUCAAGCUGAAUUUAAUAAUGUUAAGGUUGACCCAUCGAUCACUGGUGAACAUCCAGGUGUCAGACAAAUUUUUUACGCCAAGUAUAUCGCUUGGUUCCUAUCAUGGCCCUCUUUAUUAUAUUUGAUCGAAUUGGUUGGUAUUUCUACCACUAGUGAAUCAAAUGAUAUCUCAGCAAUGGACUUAAUUCAUUCUCUAUUGGUUCAAAUUAUUGGUACUGAAUUUUGGAUUGUCUCGUUAUUAAUCGGUGCCUUGAUGCAUUCUUCAUACAAGUGGGGUCCAUUUGUCUUUGGUGUCGUCACCAUGUUAAUCAUGCAAUUUUUAUUUAUCAAACGUCAAAUCUUUGACUUGAAAGUUAGAGGUUUCACCGCUUGCAUGUACAUCACCGCCAACAUUGUCGUAUGGUUAUAUUUCAUUUGUUGGGGUUUGGCUGAUGCUGGUAACAAGAUCCAAAAUGAUGGUGAAGCUGUCUUCUACGGUGUUCUAGAUAUAUGCUUAUUUGUUGUCUUACCAGCUUACUUACUCUUUAUUGAAAUGCGUUAUGGUAAGGUUCCAUUUUUUUCAUUAAAGAAGGAUUCAUUCAACCGUGAUGAAGAAAAUGAGGAAAAUGAGGAUGACUUUGUCAAAGAAUCUGCACCAAACUCAAUUAGAGCUUCUGGUGAAACUGCUGUUCCCGAUAUUGCUGCUCGAGCCGCUCAAGAAACUGAACAAGUUGAAGCUCAAUCCUAA